AUUUAAAUAUAGUUUUUUUUUUUUGACACGUAGUUUCUUUAAAAUUGUUGAGAAAGUUUGUUUAAAUAUGUUGACGGAUAAGGGAGGGCCAACGAGGCAAGCAAAACAACAAACCCGGGUUCUGGAAACAACCAAACCAGUAAGUAAGUAGCAGCAGCUGAAAAGCACAGUGAAUAUUGAUUGGGUGAUGAGAUGCAGAAACUGAAGUAUCUAACCGAUGUUGAAUGGAAGAAGAAACAUGACAUUGACAUGCAUAUACCAAUUUACCCAUUUACAUUCACUCACUCAUCAUAAUCAUAAUCAUAACCAUAUUCCCCUUAUUAAUUCCACCUUCUCUACUCACCCCAACCACAAACCUCUCUUCCAAUUCUUCUCCGGUAUUCUGAGGCCUACAAUUCGAUCAUUUUCAACCAAAAUAACCGCUUCCUGCAAAACCAUGGCCAGUUUCGAUUCCGACUCCGUCACUUACCUCAAACAGCAAGAAGCCGCUGAGAUUGAUGAAACUCUCAUGGGUCCUCUUGGCUUUAGCGUCGACCAGCUCAUGGAAUUGGCUGGUUUGAGCGUCGCUACUUCCAUAUAUGAGGUUUAUAAACCCGGUGACUAUAGUCGUGUUCUUAUUGUAUGUGGUCCUGGUAACAAUGGUGGCGAUGGUCUGGUGGCUGCCCGACACCUGCAUCACUUUGGUUACAAGCCAUUGGUCUGCUACCCAAAACGUACCCCCAAGCCUCUCUAUGCUGGGUUAGUUACUCAGCUUGAAGCGUUGUCAAUCCCUUUCUUGUCGGUGGAAGAUCUACCUCCAGAUUUCACCAACGACUUUGACAUUCUAGUCGAUGCCAUGUUUGGAUUCUCAUUUCAUGGUUCUCCAAGGCCUCCCUUUGAUGAUUUGAUCCAAAGACUUGUUUCUUUACGUAAUAAUCAUAAUCAAAUUGGCCAAAAAAGACCGGUUAUAGUCUCUGUAGAUAUUCCCUCUGGAUGGCAUGUUGAAGAGGGAGAUGUUGAUGGCACAGGAAUUAAACCUGAUAUGUUGAUCUCUUUGACAGCACCAAAAUUUUGUGCAAAGAAGUUUGGCGGCCCUCACCACUUUUUAGGAGGUAGAUUUGUCCCACCUGCUAUUGCUGAAAAGUAUAAGCUUAUACUUCCACCCUAUCCUGGAACAUCCAUGUGUGUCCGAAUUGGAAAGCCUCCUCAAAUUGAUAUUUCAGCUCUACGUGAGAACUAUAUCUCUCCAGAAUUUCUUGAACACCAGGUGGAGGCAGACCCCCUUAAUCAGUUUCGUAAAUGGUUUGAUGAUGCUUUGGCUGCGGGUUUGAAGGAACCAAAUGCUAUGGGCUUAUCAACUGUAGGGAAGGAUGGAAAACCCUCAUCACGGAUUGUAUUGCUAAAAGGCUUCGACAAGGAUGGAUUUGUGUGGUUCACAAACUACGAAAGUCAAAAGGGACGUGCAUUAUCUGAAAAUCCACAUGCAUCACUUCUUUUUUAUUGGGAUGGUUUAAACCGGCAGGUACGUGUGGAGGGGUAUGUUCAGAAAGUUUCUGAUGAGGAAUCAGAGCAGUAUUUCCAUAGCCGUCCAAGAGGAAGUCAGAUUGGAGCAAUAGUCAGCAAGCAGAGUACUGUAGUGCCUGGUAGGAAUGUUCUUUACGACGAGUACAAAGAGCUGGAACAAAAAUAUGCUGAUGGAAGUGUGAUCCCUAAACCUAAAAUUUGGGGAGGAUACAGGCUUACACCACAUCUUUAUGAAUUUUGGCAAGGACAGAAAUCUCGCUUGCAUGACAGGUUGCGAUAUGUUCCCCAUGAUAUCGAUGGACAAAGGCUAUGGAAGGUUGAGCGGUUGGCUCCCUGAUAAUUUUACUUAUUUUUCAAUAUCUCAACAUGUUAAAAUAAGAGAGAUGAACUUGUUUCUAUAUAUCAACAUUUUUUUCCCAAAUAUAUAUGUGUUGUGCUGUUUCUUUGGGUUCUUCAUCCUAAAUAGGCUCUCUGUGGGAUCUUCAUUUUGAGUAGAAACUUUCAGAAUGAUGAGUUUGCCCCGCCAAAAACACGUCAAAAUUGUAUAUUUGUUAUUUAAAUGAAAAGACAAAUCAAUAAUGCUGAAAGAAGAUUGAGAAAUGCAGUUCCAUUGGAAUUAUACGCAAUGCUAUAUAUGCUACUAUAUUAUAUUA